AUGGAGUACCUGACGAAGUCGGGAAAGCGUUUCAAACAUUUCCCAAGCGCGCGCUAUGCUGUCGACGUGACGUUCCAACAGACGCACGCACCGGUCGUCAGCUUUGGAGAGAAGAGGGUCUUCUUCAGCAAGAAGCACGCACUGCACGGCAUGAAGGUGGAAUUCAACAUCAUCCAUGACUUGCCUGUGGUGCUCCAUGAUUCAACGUGGCGCGUCUCGGACGUUGAAGGACUUUCUCCACGUGCUGUGCACUCGGUGGUUCUGCACGAUGCUACCAUGUCUGACGUGCCGAGCUGUUCGUGUUUAGUUAUCUUCCUUGUGCAGGAAUUUCUCAGGUAUCAAGCAAUCCAAGUCCACACCAAGGAAAGUGUUCGUAUUUUGCGUCUGCGAAAUAUGUUUACUCGCGUCGAGCAGGCAGUUACCAACAACGGGCAUUUGUAUCGCUUGUUUGUCUUGAACAUGACGGCAUUUGAAAAUGCAAUCAAAAGUGGAACAUCGGAUGGCGGUUUACGCAGUUUCACCUUGCCCAUCAACGACGUCAACUCGGGGGCAUUUAUGCCCCCUGAUACAGUACCAGCUCGUCCACCCGCCAAGAGGAAGUCGAAAGACGACGUCAACAGCUGUGUCGUACAACAAGCCAUAACUCUAAUGUCAACAGUUCUCGCUUUAUGCCUCGCAAACAAGGGCAGCGAAAAGCAGCCCAAGGUCUUGACGCCACCAAUGAUAAACCUCAAGUAA